AUGACACAAGGAAAUAACACUGAAGUGACAGAAUUCUUUCUUCUGGGAUUUGCUGGUCAGCACAAGUUUCGAUACAUUCUCUUCAUCUUAUUCCUAGUCAUCUAUGUCACCACUAUGGUGGGGAACAUUGGUAUAAUUCUGCUCAUCAAGACAGAUUCCAGACUUCAAACACCCAUGUACUUCUUUCUACAACACCUGGCUUUUGUGGACAUCUGUUACACCUCUGCCAUCACUCCCAAGAUGUUACAGAACUUCAUAGUAAAAGACAAAUUGAUAUCAUUCAGAGGUUGUCUCAUGCAGUUAUUGGUCUAUGCAACAUUCGCCACCAGUGACUGUUACCUGCUGGCUGCCAUGGCUGUGGACCGCUAUGUGGCCAUCUGCCACCCACUUCGCUAUUCCAUAGUCAUGUCUCGAAGAGCCUGUAUCCAAUUGUUAGUUGGUGUUUACAUUGUGGGCUCCAUAAAUGCUUCUGUUCACACAGGUUUAACAUUCUCACUGUCCUUCUGCAGGUCAAAUGCCAUCAAUCACUUCUUCUGUGACGUUCCUCCGAUUCUCACCCUUUCUUGUUCCACUAUUGACAUCAACAUCAAGUUACUUAUAGUCUUUGUGGGAUUUAACUUGCUGUUCACAGUAUCAGUCGUCACCAUCUCCUACCUAUUUAUCCUGACUGCCAUCCUGAAGAUGUCUUCUGUUUCCGGGAGGAAGAAAGCCUUCUCCACCUGUGCCUCCCACCUGACAGCUGUCACCAUUUUCUAUGGAACCCUCUCCUACAUCUACCUACAGCCCUCCUCAGGUAAUUAUGAGGAGAAGAUGAAAGUGGCCUCUGUGUUUUAUGGUAUAGUGAUCCCUAUGUUAAAUCCCUUAGUCUAUAGUUUGCGAAAUAAGGAGGUAAAAGAAGCUUUGAAAUGGAUGCUGAAAAAAUUCUCCUAG